AAAAGUAGGGCUGUCAAAUGAUGAGCCUUUUUAAUCAGAUUUACCACAGUUUUCAAAUUACUCAUGAUUAAUCACCAUUUACAGCUACAGUAUGUCUGAAAUAUGCCCACUUUCUCCUGUAUUUUAUUAGCAAAGAUAAAUGACAGAUAAAUUAGAUAAGAUAAAGAUCAGAUAAAUUCGUAUGUAUCAGCAGCUCCAAAGCUAAAAGAUAGCACACGUCUGUAAAUCUUUUUGCCUAACACUAGUCUCUUUAAUUGUAGCAGACCAUUUAAAUCACACUUUUAACUGUAUUAUGAGCAAUGAGCUGCGUUCAAAGACGCCACGUAUUUCACACAGUUUUAGUGUAUUUACGGGACUUCCGAUAGACUUAAAUGCAGCAGUGUUAGUUAACUGAAUUAUAUGAACCAAUAAGUGAGUUUAAUCAAGUGUAAGCGAUAAGAAUAGCCACUUACCGUUUUUCCUUUGCCUUUCUGUAUUUAACCAUCUCAUAAUAGCUCGCAUAAUAAAGACGUUCUGAUACUCGGAGUGUCCGUGAAUGCCCCUCGCGCGAGUGUGUCAGAGCGUUGUUCCGAGGACGGACAGAAACGUGUGCGCGCGUUGGAGAUACUGUUGGAAUCGGAUGUGUUUAGGACAGAAUAAAAGGUAUUAAAAAAGCACCUGAUUCUGUGGGAACGCUACACGUUGCCUCCGUCUGCCUUUGUAACAGAGGAGUGUACAAUUCAAUCAUUUAGUUACGGCAGCCCUAGUAAAAAGCUAAUACUUUUUGUGGUGCCAUAGAAGAAUCUUGGGAUACGGGAGCUAAACAAGGUGAAAAAAAUGCUAUGUUUACGAACUGGCCAUAAGUUGCGGCCUCCCUCCAGUUAAAAUGAAAUGUUCCAUGGGGGCGGGAAACCUCCCUACUACUCCACUGUAUGCUUGUUUGGAGGUACAGGCAGACACUUAUACAUAUAUUAUUAUUAGUCUUUUUUUUAAAAUGCAGGACUCAUCCUCAUGAUGCCGAGGCUGACUUCAUGACAGCAGAUGGGGCUUUUAAUUCUUGGUCUGUCCGUUGCACAGCAACCUUGGAGGUGACUGUGAAAAGGCGCGUUCGCUACGUAAGAAUUCAGGGAUCCAUUUAAAUAUUGGAAAAAUCUGUUUUUCUGACAUGUAAUGUAAAAGGACAGCCUUGGUCGCUUCUGUUGGCUGUUGGCUGAACCCGACAAGGUUAACAGGGAACAAAAGCUGUUUUUAAGAACUUCAGGGUCCAAUCCUUGUACAAGUGUGACAGCUUUGUAGGUUGUCUUCAAGGCUUCUUCCUCUGAAAGGAGUUUUUCCCUUGGCAAGUGUUGCUAACAUGGACAUUUGUUGGGUUCUGAUCCAGAGCAAAUCCCUCUUGGUAUGCUUUUCUCGUGUUGGCUGUUGGAUGAACCCGAAAGGUUUUUAAAAUGAAAACAUACAAAACUGCAAAUUGUCCAGUAAAUACAAUUUAACAACCAUAUAAAGCAUGAAAAAAUAAGUAUGAAACAAGGUCAACUCCUGGAUUCAACUACCGUAAGCAAAUAGGUAAGAGCCUCCUAUGGGCUAAUUAGUGAACAUGCAUCGUGAUUAGCAGAACUCAACUCACGAAACGAUCAAUUUGUACUGUAUCUAUGUCAUCAAUAGUGUGUGCACUUUACAGUCUUCUCAUUCUGGGAUACACGGGAUAUAAAAGACAUUUUUGCUUGUUCUGGGGGUUGAGUGACCCCCGAAAAGGAGGAAUUAAGUUAGAAAGACCCCGGUAUUGGAAAACAGCCUGACUUGCAACCAAGACCACAAAAUAGAUAAAAAGGGAACUAAACACGUAGGCAGUCAGAAUACUUUCAAAGGUCAAGAAUGUGCCGUACAUGUCAGUGUUAUACAUUCUUUACUUUCUGUGUAUGAAUGCUGAAGAACGUUCUCUUGGAGAGAUAUCUGGAGAGCCACGUCAACGUUACGUGGUCAGAGCCUUGUUCACACAAUAGUGCAAUAAACAAGGACACUUCCCAUUGUAAACUGCGUCUGAAUGCAGUUCUUUCAUAUUCCAUGACAUGUUUCAGCUGCUAACAAGUUAAUUGCCCUAACUGAUGCAGUGUGUAGCGUCUCAGUUGUGAAACAACUAUGUCUAAAGGCAUCCUGUGGUCAUGAAAAAGAUACUAAAAUGGGGUAAACAACUGUCCAAUGCAUUAUAAAAAAGUGGAAGGACAGCGGGGAAACUGCGCAGUACAGUCAUGGCCAAAAGUUUGGAAAAUGACAAGUAUUGGUUUUCACAAAGUUUGCUGCUUCAGUGUUUUCAGAUAUUUUUGUCAAAUGUCACUAAGGUAUACAGAAGUAUAAUUACAAGCAUUUCAUGUGUGCCAAAGGCUUUUAUUGAAAGCUACAUUACGUCAGUGAAAAGAGUCAAUAUUUGCAUUUACCGUGGCAUUUCAUUAAUUCACUUCUGGGCCACAUCCUGGCUGAUGACAGCCCAUUCUUGCAUAAUUAACGCUUGGAGUUUGUCAGUAUUCGCAAGUUUUUGUUUGUCCACCCGCCUCUUGAGGAUUGACCACAAGCUGGCCAAGUUUCCUGGCCAUGGAGCCAAAAUGCUGAUGUUUUUGUUCCCUGAGCCAGUUAUCACUUUUGCCUCAUGACAAGGUGGUUCAUCACGCUGGAAAAAGCGUGAAGUUUGGUGGUGAAGUUUGCCACCAAACUGGGAGAAGUUGCUUUUGGAGGUUGUUUUGGUACCAUUCUUUAUCCACGGCUGUGUUCUUAGGCAAAAUUGUGAGUGAGCCCACUUUCUUGGCUGAGAAGCAACCUCACACAUGAAUGUUUUCAGGAUGGUUUACAGUUGACAUGAUGGUAGCGCUAAUUUUUCUUCUGCAGACAAGCUUUUUUCUGGAUGCCCCAAAGGAAAGGCAAUUCAUCAGAAAAAAAUGACUUUACCUCAGUCUUCAGGAGUCUAAUGUCUGUACCUUUUGCAGAUUAUCAAUUUGUCCCUGAUGUUUUUCCUGGAGACAAGUGGCUUCGGUGUGCCCUUCUUGGCACCAAACCAUUUACCAAAAGUCUUCGCCUCACUGUGCUUGCAGAUGCACUCACCAUUGCCCGCUGCCAUUCCUGAGCAGGUGCUGCACUGGUGGUGCCCCCAUUCCCACAAAUGAAUCAACUUCCUGAGACAGUCCUGGCGCUUGCUGGACUUUCUCGGGCGCCCUGAGGCCUUCUUCACAAGAAUUGAACCUCUCUCCUUGAAGUUGUCGAUGAUGUGAUAAAUGGCUUAUUGAGGCGCAAUCUCACUAGCAGCAAAAUCCUUGCCUGUGAAGCCCAUUUUGUGCAAAGCAAUGAUGACUGCACGUUUCCUUGCAGGUAACCAUGUUUAACAGAGGAGGAACGAAGAUACCAAGCACCACCCUCCUUUUAAAGCUUCCAGCCUGUUAUUAUAAGUCAAUCAGCAUGACAUUCUUUCCUUGUCAACACUCUAUCUAUAUCUUACCUAUGUUAGCCAGGGAAUCACUGACAUGAUGUCAGCUGGUCUUUUUGUGACAGGGCUGAAAUGCAGUGGAAAUUGUGUUUUGGGGGAUUCAGUUCAUUUUCAUAACAAAAAGGGACUUUGUAAUUCAUUGCUAUUCAUCUGAUCACUCCUCACAACAUUCUGGAGUAUUUGGAAAUUGCCAUCAUAAAAACUGAGGCAGCAUACUUUGUGGAAAUUAAUAUUUGUGUAAUUCUCAAAACGUUUGGCCGUGACUGUAGUCCAAUCUCCUGUCAUCAAUACAAUUUGUAUUCAUGCCUGACAAUGUACAGCGUUUAAUAGUGUUCUUUUCAGAAAAGUGCAAUGAUGCAGGCAGGUGCAACAGGUAAGAGUUUGAAGAGUGUGAAUGAUUAUUUAAUUUUUAGUAAAGUGCAUCGCAACAACAAAUGGGAACUUCCUGUCCCUCAGUUGAAAUGCAUACAGAGUGGGGAAAUUGGUAUGGAGCUAGCGAUUCAAUCCGAACACAAAUACAUGUACUGUCACACCCCAAGUGCACAGCGAACAAGGAGUUUUUAACGACAGAUUCAAGGCUGAAUCCUCCUUCAAGGUGCUUAUGUGAGCAAGCAGCCUCAGUUUGUCCAAUGAUUGACACCAGCACGCCGGCCAUGCUGGACCGAACCGGGCCAGCCCACUGCACAGUGUGCUGCUGCACACUGGCCAACAAAAUCCUCAUGGUGGUCUUCAUGGUGCUGCUAAUCCUGGCCAUCCUGUUUGGGAACCUACUGACGCUGGCGGUGGUUCUGGGCACCAAACACUUCCACACACCUCAGGGCUACCUGAAGGCCUCGCUGGCCGUGGCCGACCUGGCGGUGGGAGCCUUCGUGGUCCCGCUUUCAGUCUACGCCGAGGUCUACCUCAUGGCCGCCGACUCCGCGCCCGAGUGGACGGCGUCCAACUCUCAGUCGGUGAGUUUUCACCCUUGCAAUGUCAUCGGGCCCAUCUUCGCCGGAUGCACGUUGGUGUCCAUCACCACCAUAUUCCUGCUGACCAUCGAGCGGAGCAUCGCCGUGCUGCGCCCACUGCACAAAGACUCUGUGAUAACGCGCAAAAGGACCACCAUCCUCAUCAUGCUCUCCUGGCUGGGGAGUUUCUUCCUGGCUGUGUCACCCAUGAUCUUCAGCCGGGAGAUCGCCCUGGAGUACAACCCCUGCAGCCGCAUGUGCAACUAUGCUCUUGGGACCAUCAGCGAGUUCCCUUCGCAGGCCUGGAACAUCCUCCUCCUCUUCCCGGCCUUCGACUUCACGCUGCUGGGCGGCACGGUGGCCAUCAACAUCAUCUCGCUGUCCAGGAUCAGGCAGCACUCCAAGCGCAGGAAGCACCUAGCGGAGGCCGAGUGCCAGAGUGCCACCAAGCCCAGCUUCUCCGACAUCAAAGCUGCCAAAACCAUCGGGACGCUGACGGUAGCCUUCAGCGCCUCCUUCACUCCCAUCGCUGUCUUUGUGGUAGGCAACGUUUUGGGAAACGAGUGGUGUAACUUCUCCUUUUUUGCCUUCUGGAUUUUGGCCGCCAACAGCUGCUGCAACGUGAUCAUUUACAGCGUACGCGAUCAGAAGUUCAGGCUUUGUGCACACAAGCUGCUCAUGCCUCUGCAGAGGAGGGAGGCAAACAAGAGCUGCAGACAGACUUGAUCCUCCAGUGCGCAAACACACUUUGCUGAUGUGACGUCUUUUAAACGCUGAUCAUUGUGGGAGUGGCUGGUCUUGUUCUCUCUCAAGCUGUGGAACGGUUCUUUCGCUCAGAACCUCAUUGAAAGCGUGACGCAGACCGACAUCUCAGAUAUCACAAGUUCCUCAGAAAAACAUGCGCGUCAGCAACACUUUAAAUGUGGUCAAAUGUGUCCUUUCCAGCUUUGUGUUUGACUUGCAUGGACAUGAAGUCUCUAAGUGAUGUAUUGGAAACGUUUUGGAGUGGUUGUCACGUGACAGUCAUGUGAGUAUCCCAGGAUAUGGCUUCCCCGAAAUGGCAGUGUGUCAGGUAAAUUAGCUCAUUUUUUGCCAUUCAAGCUCAUUUUAAAGCCAAAUGGGCAAUAUUACAAUUCGCAUGCUCUCACUAGAGGUGUCUUAGAAUAUUCGACGAUUCGAUGCGGACGAGUCUGAUUUGACGACAAAUCUCCCCAUCGGAUUGUAUGAAAUGUCAUGUGAUCAAUAGUGUGCCAUGGCGGAGGAUUCCCACGGCUGCUGUUGAGCAUACAUUUUUACACAGAAUGUCUUUGAUUUUGUUAUAAAAAGCUUAUUUUGAUACAAAAUCAGCCUAAUUUGUGUACAUAAAGAACUGAAAAAGACGUGUGUGUUUAACAGAAAACCUACACUUACCGUGAAUGAAUAAAAUCACCAUCUUCAGUGGCACAAUCCAGAGGAGCUGAGGUGAGCGCUAGCUUUGAACACUGGAAAGACCGUCAACAUCGACAGACUUAUUGGCUAAUAAUGGCGACUAAAGAAAGUCUUCCAAAGUGUGGAAGUAUUUUGAAAAGGGCCAAGAAAGUGCAGUCCAGCUUGUGUCAGCAGCUUCUUCCAACCAACUUGGAGUAUCAUUUAGAGGAAAAAAUGUUGCCCAUCAUCCACAAUCCUUAUGUGAGACAUGAACACACGUCUUUCUCGUUUCUGUCCGUUCUAAAGAUAUAAAAACAGUUAAAAAGACACACAUACAGUACAUGCAAGCUGCCUACAAAGACGGCUAUUAAAACACCUCCAAAAACCUUCAACAAGGUGUUAUGGUUUUAUGUACAUAAUGUAACCAUGUAGUAACAGGUACAUUCAUGAUAACAUGUAAUACUUAAAGUAUUUUGGUCCUGUGGAUGAUGGGCAAAAUUCCCCCCAAAAAAGUAUAGCUUUCCUUUUAAAAGGCUGUGACGCCAACUUCAUUUUAUAUCCUGACUGUGGAUUUUAUUCCAAUAAAUUAGGCUGCUAACAGAGUUUUGGCAAGUUGUUGUUUUUCAAGCCAUGUUCCUAUUUUGUGCGCAUUUUUUCUAAUGUGUGAUAUUCCCACUUGCUGGCAGCGACCAUGUUCCGGUUUUGUUCUUCUUGCUUUCUGUGUCACUUUAAAUAAAUGAAGGUACUAUUUGCUUAUUUGAGAGUUGUAGCCUAUUUCUUUGAGGUGGAAAAAGCUGCAAAUGAUAUGUUUAUCUGGAGGCUUUUGCCACAGGGCCAGACAAACAACAAGCACGUCUACAAAAAG